CUGUCUUUCAUUUGUAAUCUGUGGUCAAUUUUUUGUUAUGACAUUUUACAAGAAAAUAUUUAUUUUUGUAAAUUCCUAUAAAUUAUUCUUCAUUUAUAAAUGAAAAGUAUUAAAUUACAUCAUGUUUAUGCUUUUGAAACUUCGGAUGUUGCGAGGCAGUGGCUAUAAAGAAAAAAUAGCUCGGCGUCAGUUGAGGGACAUGUUGGACUGUAUUACACUCCCAGAAUCUUAUUUAAUGAAAAACUGUGGCAUAAACCAAGCGGUAUUCCACCAAAUUUUAAAAAUACUCGAACCGGUAGUUCCCAAAACACAACGAUCGAAUGGCAUACCCUUUCCCCUGAAGGUUUUAGUAACUCUCUCAUUCUUGGCAAGUGGUUCCCACCAGAAAGCUAUCGGCAAAGAUUUCAAUGUAAGCAUAUCUCAGAAGUCAGUCAGCAGGGCAAUCAAGCUAAUCAUAGAGGGUCUCAAUGUGGUCUUGGAUAAUUGGGUUGUGUUUCCUACUACACCAGUACAGAGAGAGCAGAUUAAAGAGGGGUUUUACAGUAAAUAUCACUUUCCUGAAACAAUAGGUUGCUUAGAUGGAACAUAUGUGGAAAUAAUAUGCCCUAGAGAUGACGAGGAAGCGUUUUAUGACAAGAAAGGGCAUUACUCAAUACAUGCACAAAUUAUGUGUGAUGCAGACACGAGGAUUAUAGCUGUGUGCUGUAGGUAUGGCGGGUCAGGAAGUUGUGCUUCUAUAUGGAACAAAAUGUGCAUUCGGCCAUUUAUUGAAAAUAUUUACAGCCAGGGUGAAACUAGCUGGUUAGUAGCUGACAACAAAUAUCCCCAGAGGCCAUGGAUAAUGACGCCAAUACUUCAUGCCGCCCAGGGCACCCCAGAUUCGCAAUAUAACCACUUUCACGGCCGCACAAAAACUUGCAUCGACAAAUGUAUUGCCAAACUAAAAGGUCGCUGGCAGUGUCUAUACAAACGCCCUCUGCACUACACACCACUCAGAGCUGCAAAAAUUAUCAAUGCAUGUGCAGUCUUGCACAAUUUGUGCUUAAAGGCAGGCCUACCUGAUCCAGAACUAUAUGUUGACCCUGAACCACUUCCUGUGAUGAAUGAAAUCACUGAAAUAUCCAAUGAUAACAUGAAUGAUUUUUACCUAGGUCUAGAAGUCAGACGACAAUUUUCCGAACGAAUUUAUUAUAGUGUUUAAGGUUAUCGAAGACUGAUUAGUGCAUAAGA